AUGAAGCUCCUCCAGGUCGCCCUCGCUGGGCUCGUCGGGCUUGCAGGGUUUGCAGCAGCCGCAAAGGCUGAGGCUCGCGGUGAGGUCAUGACUUCGUGGGACAACGACGCCUCUGGCAAGUACAUCUGCACUGGCACCAACAUCGAGCACUGCAGUCCCGCUGGUACCGACUGCGCUGGGGUCGAGAGCUGUCCCGAUGGCUGCUUCGACACCGGCAAUGGUGCAGUGUGUAUUUACAGGGCUCAUGGUGAGGCACGCGCCGCCGACGAGGCCACCCUCCAAGAGAAGUACGACUUCAACAAUUACGGCACUACCGUAUACAAAUGCCGCGUCAAACUUAUCUUGGAGUGCUCUCUUCAGCGCGAAGACACCCCUCGAUGCGGUCCCAAAGUCGCUAGUUGCAAGCAUGGCUGCGAAGAGUUCGAUACAGGCGCUUCCUGCAGACAGAUUUCGCAGUCCGAAUCUCGCCGCGCUGAAUCUACACUUGAUGCAGCUGAGAAAGAGACCUACGAAUGCUCGAAUGAUCAUCGAGGAAGAAUGAGCUGCAACUAUGGUUUCUGCGCCGUCAAGCCGGGAGACUGGUGCUGGAAAGGUUACUCGUGUCGCGACGACUGUGCCUGCUGCAAGAAGGAUGGCGGAAAGACGGUUGUGGCGGAUGCCCCGAUUCCUCCUAAGGUACGUUCGUUCCACAAGCGUGAGCCUGCUGUUCUCGUUGGCGCACCUACCUAG